AUGCGUGCCUUUGUCGUCUUGUGUAUGGUGGCUGUGGCCAGUGCCCAAUAUAACUAUCAGCCUGGAAGUGGAGGUGCAGGAGGCUCCGGAGGUCGUGGAGGCAAUGGUCUAGGAGGUGGUCUAGGAGGUGGUUUCGGAGGAAAUAGCCUUGGAGGAGGUGGAUUCGGAGGAAAUGGUCUCGGAGGUGGCCAUGGAGGAAACGGAGGCUUCGGAGGAGGUAGCCUGGGAGGGGGACUAGGAGCACCCGGCGGUUUUGGUGGCGGCAAUGGAGGUUCCUCAUUUGGAGGUCCAUCCUCUUUCGAUGCUCCCGAAGCCCAAGGUGCUGUUGAGAAACAAUUCAUUACCUACACUGCCGACGAACAAGAUUUCCAUGAUCCUCAGGCCACCGAACAAUUUGCCAACUCUGUCAAGCAAGGUCUCCGUGUUGUCUUCAUCAAGGGUCCCGACAAUAGCGGUUUGGAAAAUGCCGCUCUUGCCUUGGCUAAACAAGCAGCCAGCCAACAGACUGCCAUCUAUGUCCUUAACAAGCAAACCGAUCUUGCCGCUCUGGCCAAUAAAUUGAACGCCGAGAACAGCAAUUCCAACAACAAACCCGAGGUGCACUUUGUCAAAUACCGCACCCCUGAAGAUGCCGCCAAUGCCCAGAGAGCCAUUCAAGCUGAAUACGAUGCUCUAGGUGGCAAAUCGCAAAAUAUCGAUGGUGGUGUUGCCUCAUCCCUGAACUUUGCUUCUCAGGCUCCAUUUGCCCCAGCUUCUCAGGGCUCAUUCGGUGGCAACACCAAGCGUGACUACCUUCCAGCUUCGAUUUUCCGUCGCUACCGUUUUUAA